AUCUAUACAAAAAGAUUGUUGACAUUUAUUUUGUUUAUAUUUUAUUACAUUUUUCUUCCAAUUUUAAGUAUAAAUAUAAUUUAUAUUAUAAUUAUUAAAUUUAAAUAUUAAUAUGAGUUACAUAUUAACGGAAGGUGGAUCAUUUUUAAGUUUGUGAAAAAAUAUUGUGUUGUUUUGAAAUAUUAAGAUAAAAGUAUUAUUUCUAAAAAAUAAUAAUUAGUUAGUUGGAAACAGAAAAUGGAUAAAUUAAAAAGAGCUUUAAGUGGCAAUGAUCAAUGUGAUGAAGAAAGUGGUAUUAUCACUCAGGUUAUGGAUCAAACUACAUUAAGUUGGUCUACUCGAAUAAAAGGUUUUGCUAUUUGUUUUAUUGUUGGUAUUCUCUGCUCUUUUCUUGGAUCUUUUGCUUUAUUUUUACAUAAAGGACUUACAGUCUUUGCUGUAUUUUACACUCUAGGAAAUAUCAUCUCAUUAGCAAGCACAUGCUUUUUAAUGGGUCCAUUCAAUCAAUUUAAAAAGAUGUUUGCACCAACAAGAGUGAUUGCAACUAUUUUAGUAUUUGUAUCAAUUGCAAUAACUUUAUUUGCAGCUUUACAUCUAAAGAAUGCUGGAUUGGCUCUUUUAUUUAUAAUUAUUCAAUCAUUGGCAAUGACUUGGUAUUCUUUGUCUUAUAUUCCUUACGCACGUGAUGCUGUUAAAAAAACUCUGGAGACAUGUAUUACAUGAAAACACUUACAAUAUGUUUAAUAAAAUGUCUCACUUAAUAAAUAUGUUGAAAUUUAUAUACUGUUAUUUUAUAUUAUGCAAAAUAUGAAGUAAAAUAUGAAACUAAUUUAAAGCACAAUGUAAUAUUUAUUGAAUAGAAAUUCUAACAAUUAU